UGAAUGGCAUAUUCACAGCUGUUUGAUAUUUGUUUGGCCUCUAUGCAUCAGCUCACAAAUUGUUAAUGGCCACCGAAGCACAGUGCUCAAGCCCAUCAAAUGACCCCACAGAUGAUAAUAAUGGAUUGCUAUCGGCGACCGUGAUUGCCGGUCUCAAGAACUUGGGUACCACAUUAUCAGCGGUCAUCAGUAAAACACUAAUUGCCAACUCUCUGAAGUUGACGCUCCAUCCAGAUGCAAUUAUAGCACCAGUGCCCGAAAUAUACGCAACGAACGCAGCCAGCGCCAAACAGAGCGAAUAUGCUGUAGUCACGCUCUACUCUGUCGCCACCAAGCACGGCUGGAGCAGUAUUACGCUGCGGCAGCAACUGGAAGCACUGGACCUGAAUGCCAGUGCCGUGGAUGAACUAACCCGGGUCUAUGAGGACAAUCGAAAGGAUCUGGUACUGCGCCAAUUGCAGUUGGGCCACAAUUUCCCGCACAUCACCGACGUGCAAUGGCGCAUCGUGUGCGACGUGAAGUCCUCGACGUCGGACCGCAGCAGCGGUGUGCCACAUUUCAACAUCAAUUUGGGUCACUAUCGCCAGAGUAGCGGUGAGCGGGUCACCGACGUGGAGUUCGUGUGCAAUGCCGAGGAGCUGCAGUCGCUGGUCAAUCGGCUGAAGGACAUCGAACGACACUGCAAUCAAGUGGCCAUCACUUAGA